AUGGCCGGCCACUAUGAUGGGCCGUUGGACAUGCCGAUUGAGCUGAUCUACCCGUUUGACGGUCUCCCUGAUGGAUCGACGAUUGUUGAUAUCGGCGGUGGCAAUGGCCAGAAUGCGAUCCGUCUUGUUAAGUCGUAUCCUCAGCUCGCCGCCAUUGUGCAGGACCACGUCAGUGUCAUAUCCAAUGCUGAAAAUAUGGUCAAGGAAAGUUAUAGGGAGGAAAUAGCGAGCCGGACUACUUGGGAGGCGCAUGAUUACUACGCCCAGCAGCCUCAGAAGGGAGCUGAUAUCUACUUAUUGAGCCACGUCUUGAUGGACAACAGUGACGAAAAAUGUGUCAAGAUGAUUCAAGAAGUUGCGAAAGUCAUGGACCCAGCUAAGUCGAAGCUAUUGAUCCACGACUUCGUAGACCUUCCGAGAACUGUUGGGGAGGGUGCUCGUCUGAUUGAAAUGCUCGAUCUACACCUGAUUGCAAGCCUCAACACUCACUCUCGUACUGAAUUAGAGUUUGACAGUAUUAUUGAGCGUGCUGCUGGCGAUUUGGGUUUGGCGAGAGUGAAGACGUGGCCGGGGAGAGGAUCUGCAGUUCUAGAGCUGCGCCUCCAAUCCACUGAUGAUGUUACUUCCUUACGGAGUAUGACGGGGCCCAAUAUUUCUAACUCCUUGACUGCCGCUAUAUCAGGCACUGCUCUGCCGCUGAUUGAUAAGCAGGCCAUAGUUAACUACCUCGGUGCCUUAGCGGCAGGAGUUAUUGUUCUUUUUCUCUCCCUAAUCGCUGUCCACCAUCUUUUUACCAAGCUCCACGCCUAUAUAAUACUGCGCCAUAUACCCGGUCCGCCGUUGGCCCACCUCUCCAGCUGGCUGCAUCGAAGAGCUAUCUUACGCUAUACACCAGCCCAAUGGUAUCACGAUGUCAUUGAAAAAUAUGUCGCCAAAAUCGCACCCAACCUCAUCGUUACAUCCUCACCUGAAGUAUGGAUGCACGUUACCACCAAGCCUGGCUACCCUCGCUCCGAGUGGUUCUUCAGAGCCAUGCGUGUCGACUACCAGCAUGAUCAUCUUUUCUCACUGACGGAUACUGCCGAACAUGACCGGAGAAGGAAACUGCUAGGCCCUGGGUUCCACGGAACAGAAUGUUCCUACGAAUUAUGUAUCAAUGAGCGUCUUGAGGAAUUACUUCUUCUUAUCAGGUCCAAAUAUUUGUCCUCCGACUCGAAGGUGGUGCCCAUGGACAUCGCAGCGAAGGUUCAGUAUUUUACGCACGACGUUAUCACUGCCAUUACUUUUGGCAAGUCCUUCGAGAUGGUCCAAAAGGACGCUGAUACAAAUGGUUAUAUCAAAUCCAUAAAAGAAGGGUUCCUAACCGCCAACAUUCUGGUUGCCUUCGGGCUUGCGAAAAUUUCUCAGUCAUCACUCAUCGGCCCAGCUCUAACUCCUGUAGCCACCGAAGAGACUGGAUACUGA